ACAUGCGCGCAUGAUUGUCAAAAAUAUUAGCACUGAAUUGUCAUUGUAAAAUAGGGCAGAAUCCUUGUUUUAUUGAAAUUAAAGCCAUUUAGGCUCAAAUUAGAAUAAACAAUGUCUAAACAAGAACAAGUACUUCAGAUUGAACCACAAAAUGAACUUAGAUUUAGAGGGCCCUUUAAUGUUCCUGUUACAUCUUACAUGAAACUGACUAAUCCUUCAGACAAGAAAGUUCUGUUCAAAAUUAAAACUACAGCUCCAAAAAAAUACUGUGUUCGACCGAAUUCUGGUAUUUUAGAUGCACACAGUAAUACGGAAAUUGCCAUCUGUCUCCAACCUUUUGUUUUUGACCCAAAUGAAAAGAACAAACAUAAGUUCAUGGUUCAGACUGUUUUUGCUCCUGAUGAGGAGUUCAAUUUAGAACAGUUAUGGAGAGAGAUCAGUCCAGAACAGUUGAUGGACUCGAAACUCAAAUGUGUGUUUGAACUACCAGUUGAUCAGAAUGAGUCACAGGCUUCGGUACAGGAGGAAGUUGCCAAAUUAAGCCCCAAAGUAACUUCACCGACCUCCACAACAGCAUCUUCUAAUCUUGAAGCUGAACUUGAAAAGGCAGCUGCUGAGGUAAGAGUACUUAGAGAAGAAGAAAGUAUACUUCGACAAGAUAAUCUGAUGUUGAAAGAGGAAAUAUUGCGAUUGAAGCAUUUACUAGGAGACAGUGUGGAAACGAGUCUUCCGAGGAAGUACAAUCCCAGCGUCCAAACUCAGAAUAUACCAGUGGCAUACAUAGCUAUCGGCGUGAUAAUAGCCGUUUUCGGUAUGAUCUUGGGAAAGUUUAUACUUUAAAUGAAAAGACUUUACGAUGUGGCUUUUAACUUCUCCCCAGUUUUUACAUUAUACUUUUUUCCGUUUAUAUUUUGCCGUAAUGAGAAAUAAAAAUUUAUGUGACAGGACAUUGUGCUUCUGUAAAGAUAUAAUUUUUGCUUAAAUAUUGCGGUCCGUCGUUAUUUUAUUAUUAUUUUUUUGUUUUAAGCAUUCAAAAAGCAUAACAGGCUAAUAAUAUUUCUCGAAGGACGCAUUAGUAUUAGUUUCCCUACCGUCAGUCCCAGCUUAUCGUUUUUACUGUUAGUUCUUUGCUGUUUUUGUUACCCAACUAAUUAUUUAUUAUUUAAAUGUUUUAAUUAUAUACGUGGGAAACGAGUAGCAUAAAAUGUAUCAUAAAUAGUGAGUUGUUUUGUUGGAGUGCAAAUUACACAAAAGAAAAAUUC